AUGCAUAUCCGGGAGAAGCUUGCCAAAAAUGAGGCGGAGGGAAAGACAGGAAUCUCCUUUGAGUUCUUCCCUCCCAAAACCGCCCAGGGUGUACAGAACCUUUAUGACCGAAUGGACCGCAUGCAUGGGUUGGGUCCUUCAUUCAUCGAUAUCACCUGGGGUGCUGGCGGUCGCUUAUCGGAUCUGACUUGCGAGAUGGUCAGCGUGGCACAAUCGGUAUAUGGCUUGGAGACAUGCAUGCACCUGACUUGUACAGAUAUGCCGUUGGAGAAAGUGGACCAAGCGCUCCAAGCUGCCUACAAAGCUGGCUGCACUAAUAUUCUGGCUCUUCGUGGAGACCCACCACGAGACAAGGAGACAUGGGAGGCCGCGGAAAAUGGAUUCUGCUAUGCGAAGGAUCUGGUCAAAUACAUUCGGGACAAAUAUGGCAACCACUUCGAUAUUGGUGUGGGCGGCUAUCCCGAGGGCGCCGAUGACAACACCGAUGUGGACCAAUUGAUCGACCACUUGAAGGAGAAGGUUGAUGCGGGCAGCUCUUUUGUGGUCACUCAGAUGUUUUACGACGCGGAUAACUUUGUCGAAUGGUUGAAGAAGUGCCGAGCCAAGGGCAUCACUGUGCCCAUCAUCCCCGGUAUCAUGCCCAUUCAGACAUACGCUUCUUUCAUUCGUCGGUCCAACUGGACCAAGGUUAAGGUGCCUUCUGAGUGGAUGGAGGCCCUUGAGCCAGUCAAGAACGACGAUUCCGCGGUUCGAGAUAUCGGAAAGUCUCUGAUCGCCAAUAUGUGCAGACAGCUAAUCGCUGCUGGUAUCAAGCACCUGCAUUUCUAUACCAUGAACCUGGCUCAGGCGACGCAAUUGGUUCUCAAAGAGCUCGAACUUUCCCCGUCGGACGAGUCCCCAAUUCAACGCGCGCUGCCCUGGCGGCCCUCCCUUGGCCUUGGCCGAAGGACAGAGGAUGUGCGACCAGUGUUCUGGCGUAACCGCAACUCAUCAUACGUUGCUCGUACCCAGACAUGGGACGAGUACCCUAACGGUCGCUGGACCGAUUCUCGUUCACCUGCGUUCGGUGAACUCGACGCUUACGGUGUGGGCCUGAAGGGCACAAAUGAGCAGAAUAUCAAACUUUGGGGCGAACCAAAAUCGAUCAAGGAUAUCUCGGACAUCUUUGUUAAUUUCUUGACGGGCAAGCUUGACCGACUCCCGUGGAGUGACUCGCCAAUCACGACCGAAGCCCACGAGAUUCAGGAGGACUUGCUCAACCUCAACCAGCGCGGAUUCCUGACAAUCAACUCUCAGCCCGCUGUCAAUGGAGUCAAGUCGUCUCAUCCUGUGUACGGAUGGGGCCCCAAGAACGGUUUCGUUUACCAGAAAGCCUACCUGGAGCUUCUGGUCCCAUCCAACUUGAUCGAUGAGCUCAUCACUCGCAUUGAGAAGAACGAUGACUUGACCUACCACGCCACCAACAAGAAGGGCGAGCUCAAAACCAACACACGUGACAGCCCGAAUGCCCUGACAUGGGGUAUCUUCGCUGGACGAGAGAUCAUUCAGCCCACAAUUGUCGAGACAGUCAGUUUCUUGGCCUGGAAGGAUGAGGCCUACCUCUUGGGCGAGCAUUGGUCCAAGUGUCAUGACGCAGCGAGCCCUAGUCGCAAGCUGAUUCAGCACGUGAUGGACGACUGGUAUCUCGUCAAUAUCGUCGACAACGACUUCCACAGAUCUAACGCUGUCUUCGAAUUAUUCAAUGGCCUCGAGAUCAAAGAUCUUAACGUCGAGGUGCCCGGAAAGCCAUUGACCAACGGCCACGCCGAACAAAAUGGCGUUGCUGCCAACUAA